GACACGAUGGGUAAAACCGGCAAUACCAUCGACGUUGUGGCAUCCUCGACGAUCAAGAAGAAGAAGACCUCCGGGUCGGCGGUUCCGAACAUGAAGGCCCCCGUCAGGCCGGCCGAACCUAAGGCUCUCUUGAUCAAGAAGGUAGCCGAACCUAAGGCUCUCUUGAUCAAGAAGGUAGCCGAACCCAAGGCUCUUCGACCCUGGAUCUUCGCAGCCUCUGGAGGAUACAACGACGAAGAGGCUUACAUGCUCUACUUGGCCUUGAAGAAAGAUUCCCCUUGUACUACAGUCGAUGACUACCUCAAAUCAGUCGACUUGAAACUGAAUGGACAGCCUCUGGCUCGUAACUUGAGCUGCUGGUAUGAAGUUGGGUGGGGCACCUGCCAGUGGCAUGUCCUGAGAAGGGGCUUUGAAUUAGGAACCACCACCAGCAUCCAGCCCCAUGCGACGAAGCUCGUCAGCUUCAAGGCAUCUGAUCAAUAUCAGAGCGAUUCGAAGAUCCUGAAACAGUAUAUCAUGUGGUACUCGGAACAUUCGACUGCAGUCAAAGAAGAGCUGCGGGCGAUCGCUGUAGCGCAUGCUCAUGCUACCGGAAACUUCGCCGGCGGAGUCACCGGUGCUGAUGCCAAGCAGACCGUCUUCCGAGAGACCGUGAAGGCUAUCGAUGCCUUCAAUGGUGGAAGGACGCGUGCCAUCGAGAUGUCCAUGCGCUGCUUGAGGACGGAAUCCUCGGCUUCGUAUGCGGUUACGCGAUCGGACUUCGAGUCGAUUAAGGUCUGGGCUUCGGAACAACAAGCGGAUCUCAUCGCUCGUAAGGGCGUUCAAGUUGCUGGAGGAGCCGGGUCUCAGGAGUUUUUUAACACUCUCCUCUAAUGAUUUACGCGAUUCCAUAUUGGUCUCAGAUCUACACUCGUUUUAAUACGUUCAUUACAGUGUACACACUCGUUUGGAAGAGUCGUUUCAGAUUAUAGAUACAUGUCGACGCGAUUUCGGGCCGCGGCCAAUCGUACGGCGUCCAAUGCCUCGAGUGCAAUUCGACUUGAAAUGUCGGUGUUUCCGUUCCCUACGAUCCCCUUGCGGUAUUGAAGAUUGGAAAGGCUCCUCAAGUAGGUGGAUGGCGAAAGAGUCGCACCUUGCGACACGAUUUCCAGAUUGCGGAGUAGCUCGCAGGU